CGUGGAUUUUUUUUCUUUAAAAAGACUCCGCCCUGAAACAGCACAGCCACCAUUUUGUUUUAUCCCGCAUUACAGUCGACGGUUUUGUGACUACACAGGAGAAAACAAGAUAGAAUAGAUCUGCGAUUCUCUAGCGUUGGUUCAUCGAGACUAUCAACAUGAGUGGAUGUCGUAUCUUCAUCGGUCGCCUGAGCCCAUCGGCCAGAGAGAAGGAUGUGGAGAGGUUUUUUAAAGGAUACGGUCGCAUUCGGGACAUCGAUCUAAAGAGAGGCUUCGGCUUCGUGGAGUUUGACGAUCCCAGGGAUGCUGAAGAUGCUGUAUAUGAGUUGGAUGGCAAAGAGCUGUGCAAUGAAAGGGUCACCAUUGAGCAUGCUCGUGUGCGUCUGCGGGGUGGCCGUGGGCGGGGAGGUGGCGGUGGAGGCGGACGUUUCUCUGACCGCUACGGCAGAGGUUCCCAGAACAGUCGGAGCCGAAACCCUCCUCCGAUGAGAACUGAGAACCGUCUGAUUGUGGAGAAUUUGUCCUCCCGUGUCAGCUGGCAGGACCUGAAAGAUUUCAUGAGACAAGCUGGAGAGGUGACAUUCGCAGACGCACAUCGCCCAAAGCUCAACGAAGGGGUGGUUGAGUUUGCCUCUCACAGCGAUUUGAAAAAUGCCCUUGACAAACUUUCUGGAAAGGAAAUCAAUGGAAGGAAAAUCAAACUCAUUGAAGCUGCCAAAAAGAGAUCAAGAAGCCGUUCACGCUCCGAGAGCUCAUCCCGUUCACGCUCUCGUUCCCGUGGCCGCUCCCAGUCCCGCUCUCCCAGACGUUCCCGAAGCCCUGCCAAGGCCCACCACCGUUCCCGCUCUCGCAGCGGCACGCCUGCACGUGGCACCUCUUCGCCGAGCCCCAAAUCAAAGGAACCCAACAAGCGCUCAUCCAAGACCAGCAAAUCAGUAACUCCGUCGUCACCUCCGCCAGCUCAGAGGGCCUCCAGAUCCCGUUCUCGGUCAAGAUCCCGUUCACAUUCCCGUUCUCGCUCUAGAUCUCCUCGCUCCCGCUCUCCUUCUACUGACAGUCAACGCUGAGUUCGUAAAAGUCAGCGGUAGAAGUAACUAGGAGGGGCUGGUUUACUAGAGCUCCCGUUGCCUCCUUUUGAAAGCGGGACGUGAAUUUUCUUUGCGCAAAUCUUGUUGAAAUUAUUAGCUGUUUGUUUUUGUUUUUUCCGAUUUAAUUGGCAGUUUAUUUCCAGAAUGUUUCGGUGCUCAGAGUUACGCCUCACUUCUAUAAACCUAUCCAUGUGUUAUAAUACAGCAAUGCAGUUGAGCUUCUAAAAUGCAAAAGUCACCAUAAACCUCACUGUUGCAGCGCUUUUAAACAGGCUCUUUUAUUCAGGGUGAUUCUCGAUGAAUUAUGGGAUCCUGUCUUUCUGGCGCAUCAGUGUUCAUGCCCUGCUCGAUUGUUCUUCAGAGUUUUCCUCCUUUACCAUCCAGCUGCACAUAUCCAAACGUACUUAAGAUACCUGAAUGUGCUGCUGUUUGAUGGCAAUUCGUUCUCCUAGUUGUGCUUAAAGUUCAAAUAAAACGCAGAUAUAUCUGGCACUGGCAGCUUCUUCACCUGGCUGCAAAAUGUGCACAUUAUUCCACUGAUUUAAAACUUGCGAAUUGACUUCAUUUAUGCUACCGUUUUAAUGCAACCACUGUUGAUAAUGACUUUGUACAGAGGCAAAACUCUUGAGGAUGCAGCCGACCCUUCAGUUGCACUCUUAAGCAAUAAUGUUGCUUACUGGAGUAAUAUUUCUUAAAUUAGGGAUUUAUGUACAUACUGCAGCUUUCUGUUAAGUGUUCAAAUAUAUACACAUGUUACCGUUAGGGUAGUUUGAUAGCUGUUAUUGUGGGUGAUCUGAGCAUACAAUGAUCUGAGGGAGACGUUUUGUUUUGUACAUGAGGGAUUUUUAUUUUCAGUGAAGAUAGACGUUUGUAUGGUGUAUUAAAAAUAGACUUGAUGAAUAAAUCAAUUUUAAUAAACCCUGAA